AUUUUAUAAAACGUACAUUUAAUAAUUACACAGGCAUUCCGAGCGAGAUGUAGGAAAGUUGCGGCUAACGAGAUGUACCACAGGCUUCGUCGAAAGUGCAAAUACAAUCCCCGGGAAUACAAAUCGAGGCGGGCCUACGACCGGGUGAUGAAUCAGAAGGGUACCAUUUAUAGACGGAAGUUGAUUGCCACCGGCAAGUUAAGUGAUACCCUGAAGAUGAACGCUGCGGAACGGUUGUUUGCCCUGCUUCCGGGGUACUUGCAGUGGGCGAAGAUCAGGGUACUGGAGGACUGGAGGGAGAGAAAUCGGAAGGCGAAGGACCGGUUGUACCAGUUGCAAAAACGACGACGAGAAUUUGUUGAGCGGGCGUUGCGUUCGAGGGACACGGACCGCUUAAUUAUAUGUUUCCUCAAAAGACCUCUUGUGCUGCAGAAAAUAUUCGCCGAAGGCGAAGAUUUUCGACCGGCGAUAAAGUUUCUUUUGGGGCAACGUAUCACUAAUUAUGUGGUCCGGUUGGUGGAGGUGUUGCGGGAGAGUUCCACAUUCCAAACGAGGGCUGAGGAAUUCUUGCAGAAGGGGCGCCGGAUGCCCAGUUUCGUACCGACCUUCGAAGCUGUGCAUCGGGAUAGUCCCUUUGUCGAUGCGAGACAUCCUCGGCUUCCGUUGAUGUACCGUAAGCAACUGAACAGACUGAUGUCUUCCAAGAAGGUGGUGGAGGCAAUGGUCUGUGCAGUUCGGUGCAAGUGGAACUAUCCUAAAAUAUUUCCACCCUCUAUGACUGAGUAAUUUGAUUUCGUUGUGGCUCUUCUCUUCCUUCCUUUGUCUUAAAUAAUCGGUUUUUUACUUGCUGAUUUGGUACAUCCGCCUGGCAGCUGACAGAUCUAUAAAUAGUCCAUUUGUUAUAAAAAUACCUUAGAGAAGGAAAGAUAAAGGAGGGGUAAGGGUACUCUUAAAAUGUAAACAGCUGACGCCCUGAGGUACACUAUAUUGUCCACGAGUAAAAUACAUGCGGAGUUUAUGCUUAUGCAACUUAAAGUACAGGGAACGCUGCUGUAAACGCCCCGAUCGGUUGUUCGAUAUUUCGUAAUGAAAUUUGCAAAAAGAAUACGCUGCAGUGUAGUUUAAGUUGCUUAUAUAAACAAUCAAAAGAUCCCACUCCAAAGUUUGCCUAUGAAAUUAGAUGCAUUACCGAAGAUCGGAAGUUUGACGUUUGUGAAUGUCAAAUCAUAAGGUGUUUUAUGAGUGAAAUAGGUUAUUGUCAUAUAGGUUAGUCGUACGGGAAAUAAUUUUUUAAAAAAAAGGAAGUGUUUUUAUUGUGGGAGGCUGUCGAUGAUUUUUCUUAACGUUUCUCGUUGUUUUUUGCCGGGUUUUACAAAAGACGGUAUCGGUUCUGCGCGAUUAAAUACUUUCACAAAGUGUUCGGCAAUUUUGAAUCUCCCCCUGCCCUUUAGCUCCACAAUGUAAUUUAUGUGGCGAGUUACUCUGACCACGUCCACACCCUCGCCCAGCCAAUAGCCCAUGAAUUUGGCUUUCGCCCAAACCAAGUCCCCUACAUUUAUGGGCGGUGGAACGGUGGCCAGAGGAUUGACAGGGUCGGUAGCUGAUGGUGAGGGCGAAGAUGAUGAGGAGGAAGAUGAGGGCGGAGAGUGUCGGAUCGGCGACGGCGAUGCGGGGUUCGUCACGAUGUCGUCCCACCCGGCUUGUGCGCCCGCGUUUGAUGGACCAGCAACAGCUGCAUCGAUCGCUGCCCGUUUGUUCAUCUGCCUUGAACGUGGCCUACUUCCGUCCGCACAGCGAUGGACCUCAAUAGCGACCGAUGUAGGUGCAGAUGAAGGACCGACAACAUCAUCAAUCACCGCCGUUGCUGUGUCCUCAACACCUGCCGUCGACACAUCCGUCGAGGACGACUCCUGGGACGACCUUUCUCGCAUCGCUUUUCUCCCCCUUUUUUGCCUUUGUGGCCUUUUUUGGUACACUUUUGGCUUUAUCUCGUACCAAAAAGGGGGAAAAAGUCGGAGCGCUUGCCCCAGCAACUCUUUUGCCUCUUCUUCGGAGCCGGCUUCGGCCACAAAAUCGUUUACUUCGCUUUUCUGCAGCAAUGUUUUCAAUAUUUCGACUGCUUCUGUUGGAGGGGGGGCACUUAAUUCAAAAAUCGCUUGAAUUAUGUAUUCCAUUUUAGAUUUGCUGUACCCGCCUUUAGCCGUUCGCUGUUUAACUCCCUCCAACGCAGCCGAGUGGUCCAGUAAAUGUGCAAGGGCCGCAACAGGGGAUAGGGAAAUGACGUUUUUAGUUUUUAGAUCGUCGAAAUUGUGUCGUAUAAAUUCUUCUAAUUUGACCUUCGUAUCCCUUGUUGCGUAACCCUUGUAAAAUUCUUUGCAUAUCUGGUUGAUAUUAAUUUCGGCCGCUGUUUCAUACUGCCGUAUUAUGUUUUUCAAAAUUUGUAGCCGCACCGGUCUGAAGAAGAGGCUCUAAAAUAAAGUAACGAUUUGUAUUUGUCUGUUUGUCUGUAUGUCGUUCGUUUUGUACAAUUAAUUAUAACAGGCGAUCCGACAGGUCGCCUUUGGAAUUUUUCUUUAAUUUUAAUUUGAACUUCCAAAGGCCACUCGAUGGACGUUAUAGAUAUUAUAGUUUGUAUAGUUACUUACAUUAAUUGCUUCCAUGCUUCCUAAAAUAAUGAUGUAUAUUUAAUUAAUUAAAUUAAAUGUAAAAAUUAAAUAAAAAUUAAAGUUUUGAAAAAUGUAAUAAAAAAAAAAUAAAAGUUUCGUAGAAUAAUAUAGCUGAUAUAAACGUGUACUCAAAGAGAUUUGGAAAGGAAUGAAAACAUAAGGUGAAAUAUUUGCAUAUUUGAUAUCAGUUGUUUGUCAAUCGAACCAAAUUUUAAUUUUGAUGGAUUAUCUGAACUUAUCCCAGAGAAGGAGCGCGUAAUUUUUGAAGGGGACCCGGUUGAUAAAUAACCGAACGAGGGAGUUUUAAAGGGGGUCAUGUCAAAAAUUUUGAGUUUUUUUUGAAUUUUGAGUGCCUAAAUGGCCUCGUGGCCCAAAAGUAAGGCCGAAUUUGGAUUCAGAGCACCCCUAUUACUAAUACAUAUAAACCAAAAAAAAUUUCAAGUCGAUAUCUCGAUAAAUAAAAAAGUUGCAUUUUUUGACUUUUUCCUACGUCCCGGCAUAGAAAAAUUGGAUUCCUCGCACCCGAUUUAGUAUAAGAACGAUAUUUCUUUCGAUUCUGAGAGAUUGACCGAAACCCGAUACUUUUGAUGGUAACUUAACCACAUCCAAGUUUAUUAAUAUAACUGAAAUCUAACCUCACAUAAGAAAUGACGAUGCAACAAAACGUUCAAAGUUGGGCAUUUUUAGAAUGAAGGUAGGCCAUAAAUAAAACGCAUUUCUUAAUAAUAUAAGAAGUCUUUAUUUUUUGUCGGUCUCGUCUGUCGUUUUGGUCGCGUCGAAGUCUGGUCGGGUAUUGGUGGCGAUGGGGGCGAAGCUGGCGGUGCGGAAAGGUCGGGUGUUGGUGGCGGUUGGGGCGAUGGGGAAGAUGAGGAAGAGGAAGAAGAAACUGGGGUUGGAAGUCGAGGAAUGUCGAGGAAUUGCAGGAGGGAGUCUUGGGCCAAACCGUACAGUCCGUCGUCGUAUACCGUUGUCUGUACGGCGUCGAAGGUCAGUUUGAACUGCCCUCGACGUCGCAGUCGCUGGAAUGCGGCGACGGACUGUUCGGAGUACUGUUGGGGUCCGCGCAGCAUCUCUUCCAUCAACCCACGAAGCACUGCUACGCUCGGCCCACCUUUCGAAUUCGGCAGCAACUCUAUGUCGAGCCCGACGUGGAAGGCGACAUAACAAAAGGCAGCCAGAGGGGACGCUACGUACAUAUCCAUCUUCAGCCUUUCGAAGUGGUGACGGAUGACGUCUUCAAGUUUUCGAGCUUGCUGAAGACAGACAUAGCCACGCCAGUAUCCUCUCCGCACUGCCUCGAAGUCUACGUCCUCCACGCGGUGGUAGGAGCGCAGCAGGUGCUGAAGUUUAUUUAACUUCAGGGGUUGGAAGAAAAUAUCCUGUAUUUAUUCGUAUUUAGUUUUUGUUAAUUUAUUAAUUUCUUAAGUACUUACAGGAAGUUCCAUUAUAAAAAUAAAGUGUACUUGU